CCGCCGUCGCUUUCGUGUUGCCGCUGCUGCCUCCUCCGAAAGCCCAGCCCACGCGCCCGUGCGCGCCUGAUCCGCGGCUGCUUUAUGCGAUUCCGGAAUUGGGAAGGCAGAGUGGUGGACUGGACCUGGGUCUCGGUGCAGUGACAGGUAAAAUCGUGUAAAUCCUCGCUAAGCAAAAGUGUGCUUCUCAGUCCAGCAGCAGCACUUCACCCAGGAGUUUGUGAGAAAAGUAGAGUUUGAUCUUCAUUUAAGACCAGAGUAGUUAGCCUGCUCUGACCUGCUCCAGUCUUCCGUUGACCGUGCUCCCCCUGGUUUUCAGUGGUUCAUCAGGGCAGGACUUUUGAGUAAGAUUGUGGUGAGGAAUAUAUCCACCCUCCCCCUACUUUAGUGGCUAUAAGUUGUUUAAAAAAAAAAAAAAAAUUUUUUUUUUUUUUUUUUUUAGGACAUGAAUUAAAAACCGUGAGCUGGGACUAGUACGUGCAUUUAGGACCAUAUCUAUCCCACUUUUGGGAGGAAAAUAUGUAGUGAGAGGCAUAUUUCAAGGAAUAUUUUUGGCUGAAAGGCAGAAAUUUUUGUCACGAUUUUGUCAGAAACGAUAUGGCCAACCAUAGUUGGUCCGAUGUAAAAUGUGAUGUAGCUGAACAUGCUUAAUACAGACGAGGAGCGAUUGGUAGAGAUCACACCCAGUGUUUUGCUAAGAUCUUAAGGCUUAGCUUAGACAGGAUUGGAUGCUGGUGAUUCAGGCACAAGCUCUACCAAAGAGCCACAUUUCUUAAUAGGGUUAAGGUUUCUUGGAACAAAUGCCGUGCAUAUUCCCAGUGUCAGAGCAGUGAAUAUUAGGAAUGAGGGCAAAAUGCCAGGCAUAUGUAAUGACACUAAUCAAAAUAAUUAAAUCCCAGAAGGUCAGUAACACUACAGUGUUGCAAAAAGUACCUCAUCAUUUGUAAUAAUUAUUUUGCAAAGUACUCUUGCUUACAUAAAUGUGAAAUGUGCAAAUAUUAGGAAGUCAUGAUUUAUAGUAAGUAAUUUUGCGCAUGAAGUAGUUAAGCUUAAAGUGAUGAAUAAUACUGUGUUUGGCAUCUGUAACAUGAUGAAGAAAAAAACUUUUUCAAAGAUGAAGGUUUUCCCUGCCAAUCUGCCUUUGCACCAAAUAAUUUCCUCUAACUAGGGGAAAAUCUUUUACCACAGGAAUCCCAUAAUUCUCAUAAUUCAGGAUUCAUUUUCACAUGUCACCUUCUCAGAGAGUGACAGUCUAGCAUGGGAGACAAUUUUAAAUAAUGAAGAGUCAGGGACAUUUGACGGCCUAUAUCUUUUUUUUUUUUUUUAGUAAAAGGAACCAACCUUAGACUCAGGCUAGACAGCUAGAUGGGUAAAAUUAUUUAAGUGGGAUUUAGCUGCAUACAUGGUUGAGGGGGUUUUAUAGCAGGUGGGAGGGGUGAGGGUGGAGAGGGUAUUUCAGUUGAGAAAAAAAUUCCUGAGGCGGGAUGUAAGUCAGACUGGAGGAGGCAAUGGCAACGUGUUCAGAACCAUGCUGACUGUUCUGUGCUUUUUUAUAGGCCAGUGGACAGCCACUGACAAGCAUUAUGCAGAGAUGAAUGUACGUUUGUGGUUUAAAACAGAAAACUCCAAUUCCUGUACUGCAAAUAGAUUUUGGAAAAGAAAACUAUGAAUGAUGUUAAGCACGAGCUUGUUGUGAACAAGUUAAGAAAGAUUGAAGUGCUUAGACAUGGAGGUUGGCUGUGGAUCAGGAAGAUAGUGAAAUGAUAUAAUGUAGAUGGUUCAAAGGGCAUCGGUUGAUAGAAUGUUCAUUCCUUUAGUUAUAGGCUCUAGAGCAGUGAGUGCUGCUCAAACUGGAAUGUAGAUGUGGAUAACCUGGGAAUCUUGUUAAAAUGUGGAUGUUGAUUUAGCAGGUCUGGAGUGGGGCUUCAGAGGCUACAUAUCUGAUAAGCUUCCAAUGUAUACUGAAAAUAAUAAGUAUAGAAAUAAGGAUGUGAAUUCACAUUAGAGAGUGCUAUUACAGAAAAUUAAAGACAGGAAAUAAAGAAAAGUCCAAAAUGGAUGCCAGAAGAGACUCUAAAAGUUGCUUUUGAACAUAGAGUAGUUAAAGUGAAAGGGAGAAAUGAUGAAGUAAAAGAACUGAACAGAAGAUUUCAAAGGGUGGUUCGAGAAGACAGAGUAAAGUAUUAUAAUGACAUGUGCGAAGACCUGGAGAUAGGAAACCAAAAGGGAAGAACACGCUUGGCAUUUUGCAAGCUGAAAGAAUGGAAGAAAAAAUUCAGUCCUCGAGUUGCUAUUGAAGAAUUCUAGCAGGAAAGUAUUGAAGAUGCAGGAAACAUCAAAAGAUGGAAGGAAUACACAAGGUCACUGUACCAAAAAUUUGAUCAACAUUCAGCCGUUUCUGGAGACGACAUAGGAUCAAGAACCGAUGGUACUGAAGGAAGAGGUCCGAGCAGCAUUGAAGAUCUUGAUGAAAAACAAGCCUCCAGGAAUUGAUGGAGUAUCAAUUGAGAUGUUUCAACAAAUGGAUGUAAUGCUGGAAGUGCUCAUUCGUCUAUGCCAAGAAAUUUGGAAAACAGCUAGCUGGCAAACCGACUGAAAGAGAUCCCUAUUUGCACCCAUUCCAAAGAAAGGUGAUUCAACAGAAGGUGGACGUUAUCAAGCAACGUCAUUAAUAUCACACCCAAGCAAAAUUUGCUGAAGAUUAUUCAAAAGCAGUUGCCACAGUACAUGUACAGGAAACUGCCAGAUUCAAGCUGGAUUCAGAAGAGGCGUAUGGAACAAGGGAUACCAUUGCUGAUGUCAGAUGGAUCAUGGCUAUUAAGCAGAGAAUACCAGAAAGAUAUUUACCUGUGUUUUAUUGACUAUACAAAGGCAUUGGAGUGUGGGGAUCAGAACAAAUUGUGGAUAACGUUGUGAAGAAUGGGAAUUGCAGAAUACUUAAUUGUGCUCAUGAGAAACCUGUAUGUAGACCAAGAAGCAGUUGUUUGAACAGAACGAGGGGAUACUGUGUGAUUUAAAGUCAGGAAAGGUAUGCGUCAGGGUUGUAUCCUUUCACCAUAGUUAUUCAAUCUGUAUACUGAGCAAAUAAUCCGAGAAGCUGAACUAUAUGAAGAAGAACAGAGCAUCAGGAUUGGAAGAAGACUCAUUAACAAUCUGCGAUAUGCAGAUGACACAGUCUUGCUUGCUGAAAGUGAAGAGGACUUGCACUUAACUGAUGAAGAUCAAAGACCACAGCCUUCGGUAUGGAUUACACCUCAACAUAAAAAAAAAAAAAUUCUCACAACUGGAUCAAUAAGCACCAUCACGAUAAACGGAGAAGAGAUUGAAGUUUUCAGGGAUUUAAUUUUACUUGGUCCCACAACCAACACCCGUGGAAACAGCAGUCAAGAAAUCAAAUGACGCAUCGCAUUGGACAAAUCUGCUGCAAAAGAGCUCUUUAAGGUGUAUAAUAGCAAAGAUGUCACUUUAAGGACUAAAGUGCACCUGACCCAAGCCAUGGUGUUUUCAGUGAACUCAUAUGCAUGUGAAAGCUAGACAAUGAAUAAGGAAGACUGAAGAAGAAUUGAUGCCUUUGAAUUAUAGUGUUGGCCAAGAAUAUUGAAUAUACCAUGGACUGCUGUAAGAAUGAACAAACCUGUCUUGGAAGAAGUACAGCCAGAAUGCUCAUUAGAAGCAAGGAUGGCAGGACUUGUUCUCACAUACUUUGAACAUGUUAUCAGGAGGGAUCAGUCCCUAGAAAAGGACAUCAUGCUUGAUAAAGUAGAGGGUCAGUGAAAAAGAGGAAGACCCACUGCAAGAUGGAUUGACACAGUGGCUCCAACAAUGGACUCAAGCAUAACAACAAUUGUGAGGAUGGCACGGGACUGGGCAGUGUUUUUGUUCUGUUGUAUGUAGUGUUGCUAUGAGUAUGAGUUGGAACCAACUCGACAGCGCUUAGCAACAACAUUACAGAAAAUUACAUUGAUGGGAAACUGCCAGAAAUUCAAGCUAGAUUCAGAAGUGGACGUGGAAUGAGGGGUAUUACUGCUGUUGUCAGAUGGAUCUUGGCUGAAAGGAGAGUAUACUAGAAAGAUGUUUACUGUGUUUUAUUGACCAUACCAAGGCAUUCAGCUUUGUGGAUCAUAAGAAAUUAUGGAUAAAGUUGCGAAGAAUGGGAAUUCCAGAACACUUCGGUGUGCUCAUGUGGUACCUAUGUAUAGAACAACAGACAGUCCUUCAAACAGAUCAAGGGGAUACUGCAUGUUUUAAAAUCUGGAAAGGUGUGUGUUGGGGUUGUAUCCUUUCACCAUACUUAAUCAGUCUGUAUGCUGAGUAGAUAAACCGAGAAGCUGGACUGUAUGAAGAAGAACGCAGUUUGGGGCUGGAGGAAGACUAAUUAAGAACUUGCCAUAUGCAGGUGACACAGUCUUGCUUGCUGAAAGUGAAGAGGACUUUAAGCACUUACUGAUGAAGGUCAAAGACUACAGCCUUCAGUAGAGCUUACACCUCAACGUAAAGAAAACAAAAAUCCUCACAACUGGGCCAGUCAGCCACAUCAAGAUUAAGGGAGAAAAUGUUGAAAUUGUCAACAAUUUCAUUUUACUUGGAACCACAAUCAAUGCCCAUGGAAGCAGCAGUCAAGAAAUCAAAGGAUGUAUUGCAUUGGGCAAAUCUGCUUCGAAAGACCUCUUUAAAGCGUUAAAAAGCGAAAAUGUCACUUUGAGGACUGAGGCGCACCUGACCCAAGCCAUCAUAUUUUCAGUCACCUCAUAUGCGUGCAAAAGCUGGACAAUGAAUAAGGAAGACCGAAAAGAACUGACAUCUUUAAAUUAUGGUGUUGGUGAAGAAUAUUGAAUAUAUCAUGGGCUGCCAGAAUAACAAACAAGUCUGUCUUGGAAGAAUGCAGCCAGAACACUCCUUGGAAGAGAGAAUGGUGAGGUUUUGUCUCAUGCAUUUGGGACAUCAGGAGAGACCAGUUCCUGGAGAAGGACUUCAUGCCUGGUAAGGCAGAGGUUCAUCGAAAAAGAGGAGGACCCUCAAUGAGAUGGGUUGACACCGUGGCUGCAACAGUAAGCUGAAACAUGACAACAAUUGUGAUGAUGGCACAGGAGCGGGCAGUGUUUUUGUUCUUUUGUACAUAGGGUCACUAAGAGUCAGAACUGACUUGAUAGCACCUAACAACACAGCACAGCAGCUACAGAAAAUAAUAAAAGCAAGAAUGAUGCCGAAAGGGGAGACUCUGGUACAAAGAUUAUGUGAGAGAGAACGUUUAUACUGAGAUCAAGAAAUAAAAGAGUAGAAGUCAGCUGGGUGGAGAAGCAGGGUGAGAAGUUACAAGAACAGAGACAGGAGGCUGCCCCUUAAAAAAUACUUACUCUUUUUCUGAUUUAUUGGUUGAUCGAUUUAUUAUAAUGUUGAAAGAGAAAGUGUCAGGAAUCCUCCCAGAUUUACAGAAAGCUUGGCGACUGGUGGAGUCAUGGGCAGUAAGCCAAGGGGAAAAGAAAAGUGUGUGGGAGAGAGGUGUUAAUUGCAAAAUCAACAGGAGAAAUACCGGUCAUAUAUUACAAUGCUAGAAAUGAAAUGAAAAUUAGUAAGAAAAUGCAAAGCACAAGAGAAGUGUUUUAAGUGCAUGUAAUAAAAAAAUCAAUGAUGCAUGACAAGGUAUUGACCAAACUCGAAAAAUAUAUUCUCCCUGAAAAGCACCCAUGUUGAUAUCAAAGUAUGUAUGUUGAUCAAAAAAAGGUAAAGUUAUAUAGGUGAACUCACAACCUCAACCUUGGACCCCUGAAUUCCUGGAGGAAAUCAGGUUCAAAUUUUGUAGCCUGUCCAGGCCUUGGUGCCCCUGAUGUUCUGGUGUGAUUAAAUUCCACCAUCUGUUACCUUGUUGCCAGAAGGAAGAGACCUGUGGAGCAGCGGGAAGAGUGCAGGUACGUGCUCUGGAGGGCUGAAGCCUGUUCUGCCUUAAAUGCAAAUACCCUCAGUGUGGCUGGGAGGAAUCCCUGCCCAGGGAAAGAGCUGAAGGCCAAGAACCUGUCACUUACUGGUUACUCAACACUGUUUCCUUCCCAUCCUUCUUCCAUUUCAGAUCCCAGGUAUGGCACAGAGAGAACUAGUCCAGUCUAGGCAGUUAGAGUUCCUGGGAGACAAUCUCCCAUAUCCAUGUAGUCACAAGUAAGGAUUUCAACUGCCCUGGUUGGUGUGUGAACCAAACAUUAUUCAUCUGCCUCCAGGCUGCCUAGUGGCCCUGCUUCCAGUUCCAUCCCUCUUAGAAUCCUUCUCAGUGGCUUCUUGGGCUUGGAGAGGACAUUUAAUUAGACUUCUAGAAGCUGGAGCAAGGAAAUGGACUCAGUGGUUGUUGAAGAUGUAGCCGUGGACUUUACCCAGGAAGAGUGGGCUUUGCUGGAUCUUACUCAGAGGAAACUCUACAGAGACGUGAUGAUGGAAACCUUCAGAAACCUAGCCUCUGUAGUCUCUCGAAACCUUAAUGAUGGAAAAAAGUUAUCCAGUGAACAAGUAAUAGUACGAUUAAUGAAGAAUGGCACAUGGCCCUCCUUGUUAAGAGAAAUCUGUGAAUUCCAGGGCAUUGAACACAAGCAUAACAACCAGGAGAGACAUGUGAGGAGCCAUAUUUUAGAGAAGCUCCAUGAAAGUAAUGAAAGCAUUCAGUAUGGAAACACCUUCAGCUGGAUUCCAGAUAUGACCGAGUUUAUGAAAACUCCUCCUCAAGUAAAUCUUGUUGAAUGCUGUGAGUGUGAAAAAUUUGUGGAUCAUUCAUCACUUAAGUAUCAUACUAGAUCUUACACUGGAUGCAGUAUGUAUCAGUGUAAGGAAUGUGGAGAAUGCUGCAGCUGUCCUUCUCAUCCAACCAUUCCUAUGAGAACUCUUAUUGUAGAGAAACCCUUUAAGUGUAAGGUAUCUGGGGAAGGCUUCACUGGUAUCUCAGCUCUUAAGAAUCAUGUGACAACACUUACUGGAAAGAAACCCUAUGAAUGUAAUGAAUCUGGUAGUUCUUUAUACUUUGGCACAAAUAUGAGAGGUCAUAAGUGUAAAUGUAAAAAAUGUUGGAAAGCCUACAUUCAUCUCUCAUCCCUUACUUUACAUAAAAAAAUUAAUAGUAGAGAUAAGCCUUAUGAGUGUAUGGAAUGUGAGAAAGCCUCAUCUGUCAUUGAACACAUAAGACAACAUGAUGAAGAGAGAAUUUAUGAAUGUAAGGAGUGUGGGAAAGCCUUUAGUCAGUCAUCACACCUCAUUACACAUGUAAGAAUUCACAGUGGAGAGAGGCCUUAUGAAUGUAAGGAAUGUGGGAAAGCCUUUAGUCGUUCCUCAUUCCUCACUGAACACAUAAGAACUCACAGUGGAGAGAGACCUUAUGAAUGUAAGGAAUGUGGAAAAGCUUUUAGUCGGUCCUCAUAUCUCAUUAACCACAUAAGAACUCACAAUGGGGAGCGGCCUUAUAAAUGUAAAGAAUGUGGGAAAGCCUUUAGUCAGUUCUCAAUCCUCUCUAGACAUACAAGAAUUCACAGUGGAGAGAGGCCUUAUGAAUGUAAGGAAUGUGGGAAAGCCUUUAGUCAUUCCUCAACCCUCACUAAACAUGUAAGAAUUCAUAGUGGAGAGAGGCCUUAUGUAUGUAAGGAAUGUGGAAAAGCCUUUAGUUGUGCCUCAUCCCUCACUAUACAUACAAGAACUCACAGUGGAGAAAAGCCUUAUGAAUGUAAGGAGUGUGGGAAAGUCUUUAGUCGUUCCUCAUCCCUCACUGAACAUAUAAGAACUCACAGUGGAGAGAGGCCUUACAAAUGUAAAGAAUGUGGGAAAGCCUUUAGUCAGUCCUCAUCCCUUACUAAACAUAUGAGAACUCACAGUGGAGAGAGGCCUUAUGACUGUAAGGAAUGUGGGAAAGUCUUCAGUAAUUCCUCAUACCUCACUUUUCACUUAAGAAGUCACACAGGACAAAAGCCUUUGUAACAAGAGCAGGGAAAGGCUUCAGUCAGUUCUCAUCUCUCACUACACAUAGUACUCACAAUGGAGAAUGACCUUAUGAAUGUGAGCAGUAUGAGAAAGCCAUUUGUUCUUUCUCAUCUUUCAGUAAACAUAAAAGCUCAUGGUGGACAGGGGGCUUAUGAGUGGAGGGAAUGUGGAAAAGUCUCUGAUUACUCCUUCCUCUCUAAAUACAGUGACUCAAAGUGGAGAGGUUUGUUAGAAAUGUGAGGAAUAUGGAAAAGUCUGGUAUCUCUCAUCCUUUGGAACACAUGUGAGUAGGCAUACUGGAGAGAAUAUACAGUCAUUGUUCCAGAAACCCCCACAGAUACCAAAAUCCAUGGAUGCUCAAGUCCCUUACAUAAGAUGGUGUAGUAUUUGCAUAUAACCUAAGCACAUCUUCCCAUAUACUUUAAAUCAUCUCUGGAUUACUUAUAAUACCUAAUAUAAUGUGGAGCUCUGGUGGUGCAGUGGUUAAGGAGCUCAGCUGUUAACCAAAAGAUUGGCAAUUUGAAUCCAUCAGCCGCUACUUGGAAACCCUAUGGGUUGACUCAACAGCAGUGGGCUUGGAUUUUCUUUUUUGGGGGGAGAAUAUAAUGUAAAUGCUAUGUAAAUAGUUGUUUCACUGUAUUGUCAAGAGAUAUCAUACUUUAUGCCACCUCUUAGCAUUUGAGAGACUGCUUUGACCACUUAAUUGCUUUUUAGGAUCCAUUUUUUCAUAGAAACGAAGGGUGCACAAAAUACAAAUAGCAAAGGAAUGAGACACAAGGUGAACAAUGCUCAAACAACAAGUGCUGGAAAGAGACUGAGGUUCUGUUAAAUGACGGGAGGCUGGAAACCCUGGUGGUGUAGUGCUAAGAGUUAUGGCUGCUAACCAAAAGGUCAGCAGUUUGCACGCAACAGGCACUCCUUGGAAACUCUAUGGGGAAGUUCUGCUCUGUCCUAUAGGCUCACUAUGAGUCGGAAUUGACUCGACGGCAACGGAUUUGGUUUUGGUUUUUAUACAGCAGGCCAUGCCUACCUGUCAUUUCAUUUGUGUGGAUUCAUCGUAGUGCUUGGCUUGCAGCAAAUUCAAGUUCCACUUUUUGGAACUGUCUUUUUUUCCGAGCAUUUUUGAUCCAUAGUUUAUUGAACCCAGAUUUGCCCUUGGAUAUGGAGGGCCAAUUGUAUGUGUAAGUGGUUUUGGAUAGCUUUCAUUCUGUAUCUUUUCACAAACCUAAUAGAAAAUACAUGGCAGAGGAACUAUGUAACUGUAAGGAAUGUGAAAUUUUCUCCCCAUUCUUUGAAAGACAUUUGAAUUCAUGCAUAUGGAAAAGCUUUCCCUAAUUAACCCUACUGACCAUGUAAGAAGUUACACUAAAGAGACCUAGGAACAUCUGCAUGUCUUUUUCCAUGUUGAAUAUUACACUGUGGAUUCAGCCUACAAAUGUGAAAGAUAAUGAAAGCUUUUUCAGGACACUGUGAGGUGAUAAAUCACCUUGCAGUAAACAAUUUGGCCUUUUUCUGGGUUCCUGAGCCUAAUGCGUGUGGGAUAGCCAGACCAGAGGGCAGUGAGACCUCCAUGAGGUGAGGUCAGUGAAGGCUUUGGAACACAGAGGUUCAUUGAGCUUCCUGGUUGGUGCAAGAUAUCCAUGCAUAUGGGAAGGUAGUGCAUCUCUGGGGACUUUCCCAGUCCGUGCCCUAGGCACCUCUUCGUUUGUGUAUUUUGUACUGUAUUAAAGCUGUUAUUGCAGGCAUGGUACUCUCCAUCAGGUCUGUGAGUUGUUCUAGUGUAUAAUGAAAUGCAGAGAAAUUGGUAGGGCCCAACUUGUCAGAAGUGGAAGGAGUUGGCAUUGGCCUUUUUGGUAGUCUGAGUGCUGACGUAUCCCCACUUAGCUAGGGUCAGUGAGAAAUUGUGACAUAUGGGUACCUGGAUUCAGAACUGAACAGGAAGGGGAAGUCUUAGAUUUCCCCAGGAUUCAGUUGGCAUGUAGAGUAGGAUUUGUAGUCCACCACACAUUGGCAUCUGGGGUGAGAUAUGUCAUUCUCCCUAGAACACAGAUAUGUAUGAGAGCUCACACACUGGAAAGAUGCUGUGAUUCUAAGCAUUGUGAGAAUGCCUUCAAUCACAUCAUUUUCCUCUUUGUGCACAAGGAAAUUUCAGCCAGGGGAAGAAUUUUAUCGAAGUUACAAACGUGGAGUGUACACUGCCUUAUCCCUAUGUGCAUUCAUUUCCACUUUGUAUUUUCUGAUGUAAACAUUAAGAUGGUAAAUAUCAUUCUAAGUACUCUUGUGAUUCUAGGGCAUAAAUUUCCAUAAGUAGUAUUUGCAUUUUGACUGAUUCAUGUAAAAGUUAUCUUAAUUAGAAUGUCUCAUCAAUACAUGGGUGUUUUGAAGUGUGUUUUC